AUGCCCAUUGUCAAAUCCAAGCACACACCCGAACACUUAGUCGAUACUCUUUUCGAUACCACGGUCAACAAGAUUAUUCCCCUUACUGCUAAAGGGGUCUCUUCUGGAUCCAAGCUUUUCGGUGCUGCCAUAUUUAAAAAGGACACUUUGGAGCUGGUGCAUGCUUCUACUAACAACGAACAAGUAUCACCAUUGUUGCAUGGCGAGACCAAUUGUAUUCAAGAGUUCUUUACACAAAUUCCCAAAGAAUCAAGGCCAAGUCCUAAAGACUGCGUGUUCUAUGCUACUCACGAGCCAUGCUCCCUCUGUUUAAGUGCCAUCACCUGGGCUGGUUUUAAUGAAUUCUACUAUCUUUUUACCUAUGAAGAUUCAAGAGACGAGUUUUCUAUUCCAUAUGACAUACAAAUCUUGGAAGAGGUUUACCGCGUCAAGGCGCCCAGUGAUACCGAAGAGACGUUCAAGAAUAGACCACUGUACAACAAGAACAAUCACUUUUUCACUUCAAGCUCUGUCGCUGCCAUUGUAGAUACCAUGGAUGCAUCCAAAGUAGAUGAAUACAAGCAGCGCAUUCAAGACAUCAAGAAGCAAUACACCGAAUUGAGUAAAACUUAUCAAGAUGGAAAGGCAAAGGGCGUCGGCAGCUCUGCUGUUUGGGCAUAA